CUUGGCCUUAACGGGUCAGCGACUGCUGUGAGAGGCUGCGCGCUCCAUCCACGACUGCGAGCACCCAGGCUGAGCGAGAGAGGGCUUUUGGAUACUUUAAGACGACCAACUAAAUUACCAUGAAGUCGACAUGUCUGCUCUUCUUGGCUUCUCUCGUGGUCUACAACCUGACUGUGUGUGUGGGACAGGGUCUUCCUGCUGAGGACGACACGGACCGAGUGACCAUAGACGACAUAAUCCUACAGAGAGCAGAAAGUCUCCUGUUAAGGUCCAUUCUCAAUAAGAUUCAGGAGGAGGACGGCAGGAACGAGGGAUCUUCCUCUCAGACAGCAUGGGUGUCAAAACGACAGCAUCCCGGCAAGAGGUACAUGGAGGAUUUGGAGAAGCGGCAGCAUCCAGGGAGGAGAGAGGAAGACGAGGAUGAGCAGUACUUGGAUGUUCAAAGAAGACAGCACCCAGGCAAACGCGAAGAUGCACUGAGCUCAUUCAUGGAGCUCCAGAAACGCCAGCACCCGGGAAAGCGCUUCACCACGGGACACAUUUCAGAAAACCCCGUCAUGCUCUUGAGUGAACUUUCCAAACGGCAGCACCCGGGCAAGCGCUACCUGGUGCUGCAAAGCAAACGCCAGCACCCAGGUAAGCGCCAGCCUCAGGGUGAGGAGAGCGAAGGGGACUGGGAUGCUGACGCAGAUGGAGAUGAAGACCUUGCUGAGUUGGAAAAGCGCCAGCACCCAGGAAAACGGUUUUGGGAUAACUCCACUCCGGAUUUAGGCACAAACAGUCCGUGUGAUGCAUUGGAACCUACGAGCUGCAGCAAGACCAGUUUACUGCUCGACUUUUUAGACAACAUUAACAAGAGCCAUGCCGAGGAGAAGAGACAACACCCGGGGAAAAGAUUCGCACCUGAGGAGGAUUUAGUGGAAGGAGAGUAGGGUAAACCGAGGUCUGCUGUGCGUCACUGUUGUAUUGUAAACUAAUAAAUGUGUACAUUAUGUGAUCAUAAUGAAUUAUUAAAAAUGAAAAAAGAAACUUCAUUAUAUAACCUCGCGUGCAACGGGUUUGCUUUGACAGUCACUGUAGCCUACCCUUUGCGCACAACAUUAUCCUGCUGUGUUUCUUUGGAGAGCUUAUGCGUAAAUGUCCACCAAACUGUGUCGUUGUUCAUACGGUGCUCAAAAGAGUGCCUGCACUGUGUUCAACUUUAUUAAUGAAUCAUCACUACAACUUGGUAUUAUUUAUUACCUUAAAAUGCACUCAUGCUGAAAUUAAAUCCAUAUCUGAAAAGUCUGGGUGGCGAUGUCGCCUCUGUGAGGUAACACACGCUUGUCUGUACAAUAAAAUGCUACAAAUCAAACAGUUAGGCUUAUAAAAUCAUUUCAUGUUUGAUUUGUGUUUCAUUCUGUCGCUUAAAGUAAAAUAUAACGACCAUCACAGCAAAUGAAACGUGUCAUUGAUUACUUUUCAC